GGAGGCGGCCUGCUCCUCCCCCCCGCACAAACCACUCGUUCGUCCCGUCCACAAGAGGAGCAGACGCGCCGGUGAGGGUGCGCGCGCGCGCUCGCUCGCUCGCGUGGUGUCCGUCCGCCCGAUCCGCCGCCUCGACCACCACCACCCCUACCAGCAGCAUCAUGGGUGCCGGCGGCAGGAUGACCGAGAAGGAGCGGGAGAAGCAGGAGCAGCUCGGCCGCGCCGGCGGCGGCGCAGCCUUCCAGCGCUCGCCGACGGACAAGCCGCCGUUCACGCUCGGUCAGAUCAAGAAGGCGAUCCCGCCUCACUGCUUCCAGCGCUCCAUCAUCAAGUCCUUCUCCUACGUGGUUCAUGACCUGGUCAUCAUCGCCGCCCUGCUGUACGCCGCUCUGGUCUGGAUCCCCACCCUCCCUACCGUGUUGCAGCUGGGCGCGUGGCCGCUCUACUGGAUCGUUCAGGGCUGCGUCAUGACCGGCGUCUGGGUCAUCGCGCACGAGUGCGGCCACCAUGCCUUCUCUGACUACUCGCUGCUCGACGACACCGUCGGCCUGGUGCUCCACUCGUGGCUGCUCGUCCCAUACUUCUCGUGGAAGUACAGCCACCGUCGCCACCACUCCAACACCGGGUCGCUGGAGCGCGACGAGGUGUUUGUCCCCAAGCAGAAGGAGGCGCUGGCAUGGUACACUCCCUACAUCUACAACAACCCCAUCGGCCGUCUGGUGCACAUCGUGGUGCAGCUCACCCUCGGGUGGCCGCUGUACCUGGCGCUCAACGCCUCAGGCCGUCCGUACCCGCGCUUCGCCUGCCACUUCGACCCCUACGGCCCGAUCUACAACGACCGGGAGCGAGCCCAGAUUUUCAUCUCGGAUGUCGGCGUGUUGGCCGUCUCCUUGGCCCUGCUCAAGCUUGUGUCGUCGUUUGGGUUCUGGUGGGUGGUGCGGGUCUACGGCGUGCCGCUGCUGAUCGUGAACGCGUGGCUGGUCCUGAUCACCUACCUGCAGCACACCCACCCAGCGCUGCCGCACUACGACUCGACGGAGUGGGACUGGCUGCGGGGGGCGCUCGCCACCAUGGACCGGGACUACGGCAUUCUCAACCGCGUGUUCCACAACAUCACGGACACGCACGUGGCGCACCACCUCUUCUCCAACAUGCCGCACUACCACGCCAUGGAGGCCACCAAGGCGAUCAAGCCCAUCCUCGGCGAGUACUACCAGUUUGACGGCACCCCGGUCGCCAAGGCCACAUGGCGCGAGGCCAAGGAGUGCAUCUACGUUGAGCCCGAGGACCGCAAGGGGGUCUUCUGGUACAGCAACAAGUUCUAGCCGCAAGGAUCGUCAUCAGCCGUGUUCCAGGAAGAACUCAGAGAAGAGGUCCUUACAAGUAAUCCAUCCAUCUACCUACAUAUGGUUAGUUUUUAGAUAGCAGAGGGCAUUUGGGCACAAACAAGACUACUAUUACCGUGCCAAUGCUAGAAAGAGUUGAGUGGUGCAAGGAGGAGUAGCGUGUCCGUGACUUUUGUCAGUUCCUUCUUUACUUUCCUCCUGCGUCUUAGUCGCCGGCGGUCGUUGUUGGUGUCCGUGGCCAUUGACAUGGCCGUGUGUGUUGUGUGUGCGUCUGUCAUUGCAUUGGCGUCAUCUCCCCCCGUCCGUGUCAUGUUGUUGUAGACCAUUUCGUGUUUUAUGGCGGAAUAACUGAUCAUCGAAGGGCUACUUUUUUGAGUA